AUGACUACUCUCAGCACUAAGACAUUGAAACAAGUGGUGUGUGGUAUCCAAAAGCUCUACCCGAUUAGCUUUGCUGACAAUUCAUGGGACAAUACGGGAUUACUAGUGGAUUGUAGUGUAUCGACAACGAACGAGACGAAAACAAAGCUACUCUUAACGGUCGAUUUGACACAAUCUGUGGCUGAUGAAGCCGUUACAACUGGAUGCAACUUGAUCUUGGCUUACCAUCCAUUUAUUUUCCGGGGAUUGAAAUCGAUUAGGCCAUCUGAUCCUCAACAGAGUUCACUUAUCAAAUUGAUUAGAUCAGGAAUAUCUGUCUAUUGUCCGCAUACGGCCAUUGAUGCUGCCAAGGGUGGUGUCAACGAUUGGUUGGCGGAAGGGAUCACGGACAGAGAUGCUAAUUUAAAAGAGAAAACUAUUAUCGAACCCAAUUCUGACGGCAUUGAUGGAGUUGGAAUGGGUAGAUUGGUGGUGUUGAAGAGACCAAUCUCACUCAGAAGUGUUAUCAAACGAGUUAAGAAGAACUUGAAAAUUGAGCAUAUUCAAUUAGCCACAAAACACCCGGAUCAACUGGAUGAGUUGUCGAUCCGUACUGUGGCUAUCUGCGCCGGCUCGGGCUCAAGCUUGUUCCGCAAUGUCAGGGCAGAUCUAUACUACACGGGAGAAUUAGCACACCAUGAGGCCUUAUUUUAUAAAGAAUGUGGAGCGCACGUUAUCGCAUGCAACCAUUCCAACACAGAAAGAGGUUUUCUACAGGUGUUGAAGCUGCAAUUGAACGAGCAAUUCAAGCAAAUGGGUCUGGAACAAGUCAAUAUUACGAUUAGCUUAACCGAUCGGGAUCCAUACCAAGUUGUGUAA